AAUCGCAGCCGGCGGCCUGUGCGGGGCUCUGCGGACGCCCGCUGUCGGCGAUGGAGUCGGCCGGGAGCGAGCGGGAGCGCGGAGGGGGCGCGGCGGCGGGGCCGUGGGCGCACGCGGUCCCGGUUCCGAGGCCGCCCUCCAUCGAGGAAUUCACCAUCGUGAAGCCCAUCAGCCGCGGAGCCUUCGGGAAGGUGUAUCUGGGGCAAAAAGGCGGCAGGCUGUACGCGGUGAAGGUUGUCAAAAAAGCAGACAUGAUCAAUAAAAAUAUGACUCAUCAGCUGCAAGCUGAGAGAGACGCACUGGCACUAAGCAAAAGUCCUUUCAUUGUCCAUUUAUACUAUUCACUGCAGUCAGCAAGUAAUGUCUACUUGGUAAUGGAGUACCUUAUUGGUGGAGAUGUCAAGUCUCUUCUGCAUAUAUAUGGCUAUUUUGACGAAGAGAUGGCUGUGAAAUAUAUUUCUGAAGUAGCACUGGCUCUCGAUUACCUUCAUAGGCACGGAAUCAUCCACAGGGAUUUGAAACCAGACAAUAUGCUGAUUUCUAAUGAGGGUCAUAUUAAACUGACAGAUUUUGGCCUUUCCAAAGUGACUCUGAAUAGAGAUAUCAAUAUGAUGGAUAUCCUUACAACACCAUCUAUGGCCAAACCUAAGCAAGAUUAUUCAAGAACCCCAGGACAAGUAUUAUCACUCAUCAGUUCUCUGAGAUUUUUCACACCAGUUGCAGAAAAAAAUCAAGAUUCUACAGACAUCCUUUCAGCCCAUCUAUCAGAAACAUCACAGCUUUCUCAAGGAUUAAUUUGUCCCAUGUCUAUAGAUCAAAAGGAGACUACGCCUUAUUCUAGCAAACUAUAUUCCUGCCUUGAAACGCUUGCUCCCCAGCCGGGGGUGCCCAUGAGGUGUCUCACGCCCGGUCUGCUCCAGUCCAGGAGGAGGCUGGCUACUUCCAGCACCAGCAGCCAGUCCCACACCUUCGUGUCCAGUGUGGAGUCGGACUGCCACAGCAGCCCCAAGUGGGAGCGGGACUGCCAGGAAAGUGAUGAGGCAUCGGGCUCUACAAUGCUGAGUUGGAAUGCAAUGGAAAAGCUAUGUACAAAAUCUGCAAAUGACCUUGAGACCCAAAGUUUCCAUAAAAAGGAUCUUGAGGUGGCCCUUUCUCCAAUUCAUAACAGCAGUGCCAUUCCUACCACUGGAGAACCUUGUGUAAACCUUGCUGAAAAAUGCUCCUCUGGAGAAGUUUCUUGGGAAGCAAGAGAACUUGAGGUAGAUAAGGUGAACCUGGCCCCUGACCCAGGACAGCCCCGUUGCCAGCAGUCAAAGCAGCGGGCUCUGAAUUCUAGUAGUAUGCCAGAAGAGCCUCUUGGGAAAAGAAGUUUAAAAAGAAAUUUUGAGUUGGUUGAGUCUAGUCCCUGUCAGGAAAUUAUACAAAAUAAAAAAAAUUGUGUGGAGAAUAAGGAUAGUAAAGGAAUGCGGGACUGUCACGCAAAUCACAGCACAGGCUUAACGGCUGAAGUCCGGGCUCUCAACUUCUCAGCAUUUGGGUGUCAGCAGAACCACCGUGCUAAUCAGGAGAACAGUGUCCAUUGCUUUGCCGGUAAACACACACCAGAAAAUGUCCCUGUCCCAGUGAUAGCAAAAAACCUUCUGUGUGAACUGGAUGAAGAUUGGGAAAAGACUAACAAGAAGGAGUGCUUGAGUUCUAAUUUUUUAUGUUGUGAUGAUGAUAGUGGUCCUAGAAGUAUUUGUAUGGACUCAGAUUCGUCUUUUCCUGGAAUUUCUGUAAUGGAAAGUUCAUUAGAAAGGCAGUCCUUAGAUCCAGAUAAAAGCAUCAAAGAAUCCUCUUUUGAAGAAUCAAAUAUUGAAGCUCAACUUACUGUAUCACCAAGCUACCAACAGAAUGCCCUGCCUAAAGAUGAUGAGAACUCUGCUGUCCAAGAUAGUAACCCAAAAAUGUUGGCUCCUUCAGAGGUCUGGAAAACAUUAACUGUCUCUAAAAGAAAUGCUGUAGCUUUUCGAAGUUUUAAUAGUCAUAUCAAUGCAUCCAGUAACUCAGAACCAUCCAGAAUGAGCAUUACUUCUUUAGACGCAAUGGAUAUUUCAUGUGCAUAUAGUGGCUCAUAUCCCGUAGCCGUAACCCCUACUCAGAAAGGAAGAUCCUCUCAGCCAUAUCAGCAGACCCCAAAUCAGACCAAGUCUGGAACUUCCUACCGAACUCCAAAGAGCGUGCGAAGAGGGGCAGCCCCAGUGGACGACGGGCGGGUUCUAGGGACCCCAGACUACCUAGCGCCUGAGCUGUUACUGGGCACAGCCCACGGAUUUCUCACUUCGGGUCCUGCAGUAGACUGGUGGGCACUUGGAGUUUGCUUGUUUGAAUUUCUAACAGGAGUUCCCCCUUUCAAUGAUGAGACACCACAGCACGUAUUCCAGAAUAUUCUGAAAAGAGACAUACCUUGGCCUGAAGGUGAAGAAAAGUUAUCCAAUAAUGCUCAAAGUGCAGUGGAGAUACUUCUAACCAUUGAUGAUACAAAGAGAGCUGGGAUGAAAGAACUGAGACAUCAUCCUCUCUUCAGUGAUGUGGACUGGGAAAAUCUGCAGCAUCAGACUAUGCCUUUCAUACCCCAGCCAGAUAACGAAACAGACACAUCAUAUUUUGAAGCCAGAAAUAAUGCCCAGCACCUGACCAUAUCUGGAUUUAGUCUGUAGCAUAUAAAUGUCCCUUCUGUGUAGCCCUGUGUUGUAGAAUAAGCCUCAUAAUUAUCUACUCCUCAAUACUAAAUUGAUCUAAGAGGGAUAAAAAGCAUUAUCUUACCUGGGUCCAUGAAUCUUUAGUGUAACAGCUUUCAUGGAGUUAAAAGGUUAUAAGGAAUACAGCCAGUAAUUUAUCUUAAUCUCUGCACUGUAUAUGACUCUUUAAAGCUCUUUUGAACAUAUUUAUUUUGUUAAGUGCACUUUAUGAAAAGUAAAGCAUCAAUAAAACUAGAAUGACACUACUGCUACAUACAAAGUAAGCCACAGGCUGGAUUUUUUUGCUUCUCUGUUGAUUUUAGUCCACCCUUCGGUUUGGUAUUAAAAUAACAACCAAUGUAUAAUUCCAUUUGAAUUGAAUCUACUUGCAUGUGAUGCCUGCAAAAACUGGUCUCCAGGAUAAUCAUUUAAGGUAACAUUUGUAAGCUCGGGGAUGCAGCAGGCAGGAGUUCUUCACUGGGUAGUGUAACUCCUUGGGGAAUGAAGAUUAAACAAAAGGGCAAAGGUUUUAGCUUGCUUUACUAACGACACCGUUUUGCUGCCUUGGCUGCUUUUGGUGCUUGCCUCUUUAAUAUCUAUUUCUUUAAAGUAGUACUGGAAAGGUUAAAUGUAAUAUACUGUAAGUAAUUUUAAUAGCUUUUUCAAUUUUAAUAGAAAAUGUGAUGUUUUACAUCUUAUAAUCAUUUGCAACAUUAUCAAAGACAGACUUACCCUUAAAAGUAAUUUUCUUUUGCUUAGUAAAUAUAAUUUAACAAACAGAUUACCUGUCAACAUCAUUCUUUUAAAAAUACAUUAAAAUUCAGCUCACAGGUCUCUUUUUAAAUUUAUUAAGACUUUCAGCAUACUUAAUCUGUAAAAAGCCAAAGUUCAAAGUUGAACAUACCAUAAGUAAGUUUUCUGCUGCAGUAAUCUAUUAAAUAUUAU